AUGGGGUUUAUUGACUACCAGGUCUGGGUGGCGGAUGGAGUGAGUUUGGUCGAUAUUGAGCAACAGCUGAUCAAGAGUAAAAUCGAGACGAUCUAUGGCCUGCCCGAUCCAUGCAACUCGGCCUACUUGCGCCAUGCCUGUUCCGUCGCUUACCCCCGUCCAGUCUCGAACGGCUUUGGCAACAGCUAUAAUGUCCUUUUCGCUUGCAAGUCCUCGUGCCAGUCAGUGCUAGACUCUUGCACGGCCAACUUUGAGCUCCUGGGCAUGACCGACAUGCUCCCCAACUGUGCCGCCGCCGUCCCCAACACCGACAAAUACCCCGGCGGAGCUGUCCUGCUCCAGAAUGAUGGCUCUUGCAACGCCCUCCCCACCAAGAGCAUGAACGCGACAUGCAUGGUGCCAUUGACAGAGUGCGUCUCCCCCUUCAUCGUGGAUACAGUCUUCAAGACAACCAACGGACAACAAAACACCGACGACGCCAACUGUGCCUGUGGAUGCUGUCUCCCCUGCCCCCAAACCGAUAACUACUACAAAGCCGAUCUUCUCAAAACAGGAUUCUUUGUCACCGAUGUCCUCAAGGCCGUCUCUGCUGUCCUCGCCCUUGUCCUUGCUAUCUCCUAUAUCGUCCUCCCCGAUAAGCUGCAGCACCCUUCCAACUUGAUUCUCUUUGCCUCGAUCUCCACCGCCAUCUUUUGUGCCGCUGUAGCUCCAUCCUUUGGUGAUGCUACUCGUGUCCAGUGUGCCGCCAACGGUGUCUCGCCCGCGACGUCCUACAACAACACGCUUUGUACUAUCCAAGGAGCCUGGUUGCUCUUUGGCGCUAUUGCGACUACCGCCUGGUUGUCGAUCGUCAUCAUCAACUUGCAUCUACACACAGUCUGGAACUCGGACUGGUUAUCGAGAAAGGCCUGGUUGUCGCAUGUCAUUGGAUGGGUCAUCCCUGCAGCCUUUGCGGCCAUCGCCGUCAUCACCAACUCGCUUGGCUGGAGCAACUCGUCCAUGUGCAUGGCUUCUAUAGACACUGCUGCUGUGCUGUUGUUUGCCCCUCUGGGAUUGAUCAUGAUCCCCUCCACCUUGCUCCACAUUGGUACCUUUGCUCAUAUUAUCCGAAUUACCUUGCAGGCCGAGAACUCGGAAACCGUCUCCCACUCUACUCUUUCUUCCGGCCGUGCCGCAAGGAUCUCUCACCGUCGCCACGUCAUGAACGCCAUCCGCAUCCAGUGGCGUGCCGCCGUCCUGGCACUCGUUAUCUCGUCCUCGGUCCUUAUUUACUGGUCCUUCUACGUCGUCGAAGGCUCUAAGACCGACACCACCUGGAUGAGCACCUGGCAGUUGUGCAUCUUCAACAGACUCGGCAACCAGGAAGAAUGCGGCGCCAAGUACGCACAGGGCCAUGUCCCCGAUUUCAUCUUCAUGAUGAUUACCGAGGGAUUGGUCAGUACGACGGGUUUGUGGGUCUUCUUGCUGUUCUUCAAGGGAACACUUGUCUCGGAGUGGAAGGAGUAUAUGAGUGGAUGGAUCUGUUGCGGUGGACGGAGGAGCCGGAGACGGGAAGAGGACGAGUUCUAUGUCAUCUAA